CUUAAAUGCGGUUAAAUAAUAAAAUUGAUAUAGUUUUAUCAAAGGAUAGCAUAAUAUCUGAUGUGUCUUAGACCAAUAUUUUUGCACUGUGUUUAGUUAAAUGGUAUUUCGAUAAGUCUUCACAUCAGGAAAAGCGCGGUCUGGUCUUCUGUCACGCUCAGUUGUUUGUUAUGAGUAAUUUUGUAGAAGAUUCUGAAAUCGAGACUAAUUAUACUGAAAUAGUCGAUGGCUUCGAGAAGUUGGAGUUAAAACCAGAACUUCUUCGUGGUAUAUAUGGUUAUGGUUAUGAAAAGCCAUCGGCCAUUCAACAGCGAGCUAUUAAGCCAUCUAUCGAGGGUCGUGAUGUUAUCGCUCAAGCUCAGUCCGGUACAGGGAAAACGGCAACAUUUGCCAUCAGCAUUUUACAAAGGAUAGAUAUUACAUCAAACACUUGUCAAGCCCUUGUCCUCGUACCAACCAGGGAACUUGCAAGACAAAUCCAAACGGUUAUGCAACGCAUUGGUUCCUAUCUAACCGUCAAAUGCCAUACAUGUAUCGGGGGGACAAGGACCUCUCAUGAUAUGGCGUGCCUCCAACAGGGUCAGCAUGUUGUUGUGGGUACUCCUGGUCGUGUUUUUGAUAUGAUGAAUCGUAAUACUCUGGCAACCGCUAAUAUCAAGGUUUUCGUGUUGGACGAAGCUGAUCAAAUGCUUGAUCGUGGUUUUGAACCCCAAAUUAAAGAAAUAUAUAGAUUUUUACCUGACACUUCUCAAAUCAUGUUACUGUCUGCGACUAUGCCGAAACCAAUGCUUUCUAUUGCACGGAGUAUAAUGCAUGAUCCUGUUCAAAUACUGAUUAAGAAAGAAGAAUUAACAUUGGAUGGGAUCAAACAGUUUUAUAUCAAUGUGUGCAGAGAAGAAUACAAAUUAGAGACCUUAAUGGACUUAUAUGGAAUAAUGAAUUUAAGUCAAGUCGUUAUUUUCGUUAACUCUGUAAACAAGUCCACACAUAUUUGUAAUGAGCUUAGGCUCAAAAAGUUCCAAGUUUCGUGCAUUCAUAGUGAUAUGGAUCAAGAAAAACGUGAUGCAGUUAUGGAGGAAUUCCGUAGUGGGAGAUCACGAAUUUUGCUAUCCACUGAUAUUCUGGCGCGUGGUAUUGAUGUACAGCAAGUCUCUCUAGUCGUUAACUAUGACUUACCUAGUAAUCGUGAGACAUAUAUUCACAGAAUCGGGAGAGGAGGUCGUUUUGGAAGAAAAGGUACAGCCAUCAACUUCAUCACUGAUUCAGAAAUAGAAGCUCUGAGUGACUUGCAGCAAUAUUUCAACACAGAAAUUCUUGAGAUGCCUGAUGACAUUGUUGAUUUUCUGUAACCUAAAUUUGAGCCCACUUAUACAUUUAAUAUUUGUUCCUAGCUGAGUAACUUUCAGUCUUCAUUGUUGGUUAUCUGGUCACUAAUUUUCGAGUUUUAUUUUUCCAUCUAACACCGCCCUUGUCAUCACAUCUUUGGGUGUUACUACUUCUGAUUCUUCAAUUUGUUCACUGCGGUGCUUAAUUGGGAAAUAAAUUAGAAUUCGCGCAUUUCGAACUUCAGUCGUUUGAUUUCAUGUUAUGUUGAAAGGUUUGUCUUCAGUUCUCAGUUAAAGGUAAUAAUAGUAUUGAAUAUUGAUGACUAAAAUAAAAAACCUGGCUCUAACUUUUUUGCACCGGGCUUCUAUUCCAGAGGUUACAGGUUCGUGUCCUGUUCAGGACGGACACCAUUAACCUCCAGAUGCCAUGGUAAGGUCGAGGGCGGGGACAGUCCGUUCCCCUCUCUAAAUGCUCUUACAUAGCCAUGUAUAUACAACAACUGUCAAAAUCUCUACUCACUGCCUUUUCUCGGCGGGGUUGUUGUCUACGAAAUUAAGAGGACGAAAAACGAAUGUCCGACGCUUUAACUCGGUUGGUGGAUAUGGAGGACCCACCUAGGGGAGUCGGAAAACCUUGAUUCCAAAUCAAAGAUGCACAUGGGUUCCAGGAUCCUGAGAGAAAAAAUGACGUGUAAACCAAUUCUUAGUCACCGGUUACCAUGGGACUGCAUCUCCUUAAGUUGCUCCACUGCCUUGUAGAUUAGAUCUUUAGGUCAAAGGCUUGGAGAGUGGUUUUCUAAGGGAACAAUCUGUUUCGGUUUUGGGGCCCAGCCCUCACACAAAUCGAAUGAUUCGUGAGGCGCGUCCGUAUUUAGUGAUUCUUUGUAUCAAUGUUUAUGUGUUUCAAUAAGAAAUGUCCAUAUAGUUCGACAAAGUUUAAUAACCGACACGUUUCGUUUACAAACGUUUUAUCUAGUGUGAUUUAAAAUUGUGGUAUUUCGUGAAGACAUCAACUUAUGUUCGUCCUUAUAUAGUAAUCAACUUAAUCUUAUUAGCAUGAGUUGUUUUUAAGGUCGUUUCGCGGAACAGAUCUCUUCAUAUUAAAUAGAGCUAUUACCUUUUCAGACUGUAUUCUAAUUAAGGAACUGGGUUGGAUUAUGACUAAUGGAACAUCCAUUUACCAUAUAUUGCCAUUCAGAAUACCGUUCUAGGUAUUGCUGGUCGUUUACAACAAGGGAUUGUAAAGUUAUCCUUAGAUACUAGUGCUAUACAUUUGAAUAAAGUGCUCAGCUAUAUUUUCAAGCCGAUGGGUUUUCCAUGGAAUGUUCGUGAGUGAUACAUAGUAAUGAUGAACUUCUGCUUGGUAGAGGUUAAGGUCUAGUUAGAUACACAAUUGUAUGUUAUUAUUGCAUCGAUUUAUGUGUAAUGACGGUUUAUAAAAUAGUGUUAGUGUACAAGUCAUUAGAACCGUUAAAGCAUUGUCGUCAAACGUUUUCUUCGGUUGGGAUGAGUUUAUUGUUUUCAGGCAAUUUUCGUAGAUUUUCCUAGUCACUGUAUAGUAGUAGAAAAAUCCGGUUGAUUGCUACUAUGGUAAAAGAUAUAUUGAUGACACUAACUUAUUAGCAAAUUACUUUUUAAGACUGGUUUAGUGCGUAGUACUUUCAUUUGUUAAGUGGAAGGUCCGAGGCAGGGUUCACCUCUAUACGACCAGACUCGGUAUCGUUAGCCCUCAUAAGUAUGGUAUCCAAACGAAGAAAAAAUGAAUGGCAACUGCUAGCAAUUCUUAUGAACUGUUAUUACGUAUGUCCUUAUUGGGUAAUUAUUAAGUAACGAGUAUGUGUGCACGUUCGCAUUCCUUUAUUCACGAUUUUUCAUUUCACCUGAUGUUUACUGUUACGCGAUAUACUAUUCUUAAUUUAUAUCCAAUCUUUUAGUUACAGCCUCCUUCACUGACACCCACAUUUGGCUUGAUCUUGUAUAAUAAUUAUUUUUCAUUUUGUGGUGUGGUCUAGCCUACUUGUGCAAUCUUUCUCUUAUAUAUUACCACCUCUGAAUUAACUACUUUUAUGAAUCCGGUGUCCAUCUUGUUGUGUUAAUGAGGUAUGGCAACUUGGACCGGUGCAUAUAUAUGCAUGGUCCUACGUUGUAGCUGACUGACUUGUAUAUAAAACACGUAUGUCUGAAAUAUAGGAUCCAUGUAGCGGAGGCUGAUAUUUGUGUUACGGACUGGAAGGGCCAUACUAGGGAAUAAGCUACCAUUAUAAGACCAAUAAGUAUUCAAAGUUGACUCAAGGCUGCUAGUGCUAGUUGACAUGUCAUCAGUUUAGCACAAACUCAGGGUCAUAAAAUCCGGUAUUCUGGUUAUUGGUCCUGUCACGUGAUAUUUGAAGGACCAGAGGACAACAAUAGACUAUGGGUGUACAUGAAUCUUUACUCGUUAAAAUGCUCUUUAGAUAAAAGUUAUAUACUAGUUGUAGGUGUAUAAGGAACGAGUCGAUCAGAUCACAACGAUGUGGACCAUAAAGCGGCUUUCGUGAAUCUAUGUUACAGAAUUCUUAAUGCAUGAAGACUAUUAGCUGUCUCAAAAGCUACCAGUCGAGCUAGAGCUCAUGGCGAACUAUCGUCUGAUUUUGCAACCUCGUGGUGUCCGGCGAUGUCGUACACUAUCUCCAUUUUUGUUCAUUUUCACCAUAGACUAACUGGUGGAAAUAACUCUCUUGUCGACUGAGUUCUCGGGCAUUGAUCUCCUACCAGGAGGUCCACUUACCAACUUAGCAUACGCAGAUGUUAUAGUCCUGUUUGUUGAAGACGCUUAUUUAUUUAUUUGAACACAUGAAUAUUGGUACAAGAGAGCGCCAAUAUAUAUGCGCCACACAAAACAAUGAGAAUUCGAAGAGAGAUACAAAAGAAAAAAAAGCUGAGCGCUAAAAAAAGAGAACAACAACGAAGAGAUUGGUGUAAGGUAGUGUGGUAGUAAUGAGGGAACGGAAAGGUACAAUCGGAAGAAAUCUUUCAAGUAAGGGAG